CUCUCUAAAUAGAUCGUAUUGUAAUCUUUUCUCAGUCCAGCGUGGUUUCAUCUGAGAGGCUGCUUCACAUUUUCUGCAAUUGUUUGUUUUAUGAGGACUCGGCUGGAGUGAUGAACUCAGAGCAGGAAAGGCCUUUUGUGUGCAGCGCUCCUGGAUGUUCUCAGCGAUUUCCCACCGAGGACCACCUGAUGAUUCACCGACACAAGCAUGAGAUGACGUUGAAGUUCCCCUCCAUAAAGAAUGACAGCCUGUUAUCAGGUGAACCACAGCCGCCUCAACACUCACACAGCGCUCCAUCAGACCAGACACCGACUCCGACACGCUUCCUGAAGAACUGUGAGGAGGUGGGCUUGUUCAGCGAGCUUGACUGCUCCAUCGAGCAGGAGUUCCGCAAGGCCCAGGAAGAGGAGGACCACAAACAGAACAUCUCCAUGCAGCACCAGCAGUCCCACUCGAGGAUGGGCAGCCAUGACAGCAGCGUGGUGAUCCAGCAGGCCCUCCCCUCUCCCCAGUCCAGCUCUGUAAUAACACAGGCUCCAUCAACCAACAGACACAUCAGCACCGUCCCGGGCUCUCUCUCCUCGCUACUGCACCUACGGAACAGGCAGAGGCAGCCGCUGCCAGCCUCCAUGCCUGGCAGCCUGCCAGACCCCAGCAUGCCCGGCUCCUCCGCCGUGCUCAUGCCUAUGGAGAGACAGAUGUCCAUGGGUCUGAUGGGGAUGCUGGGCCCGUCCCACACCAGCUCCUGCUCCUCCACUCCGGUUGCUUCCAUGCACUCAGAGGCCAAACUGAGGCUGAAGGCUGCACUUUCGCACCACCCGGGGGCCAUCGCCAAUGGCAACAUGAACUCCAUGGGUCACAUGAUGGAGAUGAUGUCGUCACGUCAGGAGCAAGGGGUCCACCACCCCAUGCACUCGCACCCCCACCAGCACAUGCAGGCGCCUCCCCAUGCCUACCAACAACAUGGCCACCACCACCACAGCCAUGCCCACGGGCAGGGCGUACACCAUCAGCCCCAGGGUCACAACCCCCAUCACAGCUCCCACAACCACCAACUCCACCCCGGCCCCCCGCACCAGACCUCACCGCAUGGUGCCAUGCACUCCUCACAGAUGUCCCCUGCCGCCCAGCAGAUGCAGCCCACCCAGACCAUGCAGUCCCCGGCCUCGAGCGGCGGGCGGCGCCGGCGGGUGGUGGACGAGGACCCAGAUGAACGCAGGCGGAAGUUCCUGGAGCGGAACCGGGCGGCAGCCACCAGGUGCCGGCAGAAGAGGAAAGUGUGGGUGAUAUCGCUGGAGAAGAAGGCAGAGGAGCUGACGCAGACCAACAUGCAGCUCCAGAAUGAAGUCACCAUGCUAAAGAGUGAGGUGACACAACUCAAGCAGCUUCUCCUCACCCACAAAGACUGUCCCAUCACCAGCCUGCAGAAGGACUCCCAAGGCUAUCUCAGUCCGGAGAGCAGUCCUGCCAGCAGCCCGGCCCCAGUAUGUUCCCAGCAGCAGGUCAUCCAGCACAACACCAUCACCACCUCCACCACGACAGUCGGGGGCAGCGGUGUACACGGAGAGGCUAACCACCGCAGAGACAUUCACCCCAUCCACUAGAGGCCAGGGAGACUAGCAGAAGCCUAUACCCCCAACCCAGAUCUGCAAGGACCGCCUCUCAGUACAGUUGCACAGUGCCUCAUCCUCCAUCAGCAACACUUCCUCAAGCCUGCAAGGAACUUGUUUAUACAGUAGCUAUAUAUUUUUAUAGAGCCCUCCCUAUUAACAAACGUUUUAACUCCUCAAUUAAUCCCUUUUUAUUUUCCUUUGCCUUUUCCAUGUAUUUGUUGUGUGUGGCCGUCCUUUUCCAUAUUGUAUUUGUACAAGCGUAAAGGGGUUUUCCCGGUUAAAACCAUGCAUCAUUAAUGUAACCUUUGCGUGUAUGUGUGUGUGUGUGUGUGUGUGUGUGUGUGUUGUACACAUACUCUGGUACAAGCUGUGAGGUUGUAGUCAUUGGACUAUAUGAAAUCAGGGAAGUUAGCCUGGGAGAGUAUUUCUCGGUCACCUGCCCCUUCCCUAUUUUUCUCACUUUUUUUGUUUUAUACAACCGAUGUGAACAAUAAGCCAGUUACUGAGGUAGAGAGAUGGGUCAGAACAUGUGUGUGUGUGUGUGUGUGUGUGCCCUUAGCAACAUUAUAUAGACUGUGUUUGACGAGUCUCUGAUAACGUGCUCAGUGUGUGAUCGUACACGUGAUGUUCCUGCCUUUUUAGGAGAAAGAAAUUUUACUCAAACUGUUGCCAUAAUGUUUCUAAGACU